AUGGUUCGAGUAAAUAACCCGAUUACCACCCAGGAGGGUGUAAAAACACCUCAUCGGAUUGAGCUCUGCGAAGAGAAACCAGUAAAACCAGCACGUAAUUAUAGGAAACGCAGAAUCAUUGCCCCUGAAUGUUUAAAGACUGAGAACGAAGAGCAAGACUCUGAGCCACCAAUUAAGAAAACAGAAUUAAAAUCUAAACCAUUGAAAGCAUCAAAUGGUUUUACAAACAUGACAAAUGGAAACUUGGCAAAGUCUAGAGCGGCCAGAGCUGCAGCCCGAGCGGCUGACAGCCACAAAAUUACUGAAUAUUUCAAGGAAGAAAUCAAAAGCCCUAAAGUGGAAGCACCUCCUCAGCCUCCACCCACAAUAGAAAAAAGUGUUAAAGUAGAAACUAAAUCAAAUGGAAACAAUAAUAACCAAAAAUUAACUGAACAUUUCCCGGUGAGGAAAAGUGUGAGGAAGACUUCUAAAUGUGUGAUGGCUGAAAAAAUGAGGGAUUUGGAAAGGGCAGUGCGAGAACAGAGGGAAGACGGGCUUCAGGUGGCAUACUUCGACGGCAAGGGCCGCGGCGUGGUCGCGACGCGCGCGUUCGGUCGCGGCCAGUACGUGGUGGAGUACGCGGGUGAGCUGGUCGGCCUCGCGGAGGCGCGCGAGAGGGAACGCAAGUACGCGCAGGACCCCAGCGCUGGCUGUUACAUGUAUUAUUUUAGACUUCAAGAUCAGCAGUAUUGUAUCGACGCGACGUCCGAGUCUGGUCGCCUGGGCCGGCUAGUGAACCACUCGCGCAGCGGCAACCUGCUGACCAAGGCGCUGUGGGUGGACGGGCCGCGCCUCGUGCUGCUGGCGGCGCACGACAUCGCGCCCGGCGACGAGCUCACCUACGACUACGGGGACCGCUCGCGGGAGUCGCUGCGGCACCACCCCUGGCUCGCGCUA